AUGGAUCCAGCCCCCCCGAGGAGCAAAGCCCCCUCCUUCCUGGCUGACCUGGGCAGGGCCACCCUGCGGGGCAUCCGGCGCUGCCCGCGCUGCGGCACCUUCAACGGGACGCGCGGGCUGAGCUGCAAGAACAAGAGGUGCGGGACAGUUUUCCGGCAGGGCUCCCGGGCCCAGCCCCCCCUGGAUGCUGUCAGGAUCCUGACUGGCUCCCCAGCCCAGCUCUGCUCUGUGAGGAGAAGGGAACGGGGUCUGGAUCACCGGUGUUUUGUGGAGCUGGGGGUGUCGGGGACCCCCCUCCCCCAGCUCGGCUCCGGGCGCUGCUCCUCGCCCGCCUGCCUGAAGAACGUGGCUCGUGGGUUGGUGGAGCAGCAGUGUCAGCACAUCAAGCUGGCCCUCAGCUGCCAAGCAGAAGCCACCCCUCUCCCCUUGAAGAGCUCGGUGCUCAACUCCAUGCAGGCUCCUCAGGAGGCCAAGGAGACCUUGUGGCAACUGGCCAGCCAGCCCAGCGGGCCCCUGGUGCAGAGGGUCACCAAGAACGUCCUGGUGGUCAAGUGCAAAGCCAGCCAGGAGCACAGCUUGGGCUACCUCCACGCCUGCUUCACCCCCAAACCCAGCACUGGGACCUUGGGGGGAGGUGGGCACAGGUUCUCCUGCUCCUGCCAGAGCCCGAGGAAGGGGGAGGAAGAGGAGGAAGAGGAGAGAGAGGAGGGGGUGGUGGCCCCAGCAGCUCCGCGCUGCAUCCACUUCCUGGCCUGUCUCUGCGCCUUUGCCAGUGAUGAGAGCCUGGCCAGGGAGUUUAACGUGGCUCGUGGGUUGGUGGAGCAGCAGUGUCAGCACAUCAAGCUGGCCCUCAGCUGCCAAGCAGAAGCCACCCCUCUCCCCUUGAAGAGCUCGGUGCUCAACUCCAUGCAGGCUCCUCAGGAGGCCAAGGAGACCUUGUGGCAACUGGCCAGCCAGCCCAGCGGGCCCCUGGUGCAGAGGGUCACCAAGAACGUCCUGGUGGUCAAGUGCAAAGCCAGCCAGGAGCACAGCUUGGGCUACCUCCACGCCUGCUUCACCCCCAAACCCAGCACUGGGACCUUGGGGGGAGGAGCACAACCCACCAACCCCCUCCUGGCUCCAGAUCCCACCCACAGCCACCCCAGGAGGAGCAGCCUGAAGAAACCAACUGUCACCUCUGCCCUCAGGAGACAAGGAUGUCCCCAGCUGCUGGAUGAGUCCCAGGUGUCCCUGUCCUUCCAGGACUGGUUGGCCAGUGUCACCGAGCGUAUCCACCAGACCAUGCAUUACCAGUUUGAGGGCCACCCUGAGCCCCUGGUGUUCCACAUCCCCCAGGAGUUCUUUGAGGCCCUGCAGCAGAGGAUCUCCAGUGGCACCAGUAAGAAGAGGUUGCCCAACUCCACUGCAGCCUUUGUCCGCAAGGACGCGCUGCCCCUGGGCACCUUCUCCAAGUACACCUGGCACAUCACCAACAUCCUGCAGGUCAAGCAGAUCUUUGACACCCCCGAGCUGCCCCUGGAGAUCACCCGGAGCUUCGUCCAGAACCGCGACGGGAGCUACGAACCUUUCCAGUGUCCCCGGGUGGAGGUGGAGAGUGUCCCCCCAAAUUAUGGGCACCCCGAAAAACAACAGCCCAUCCGACCCCUGGAACUCAAGACCUUCCUCAAAGUGG